GCCGAGGCGCUGUCAAAUGGCAGAGUGUGAAAAAGUGUAAAAGGCCAAAACCCAGCAAAAUGGAAGCGGAACAGGACAUUGCAAUUUCCACCGUUGUGGUAAACAUUGACAUCGUCGAUCUAUUCGAUUAUGCCCAGGAGAGCCGCCGGACCUGGAUUGAAGGAAACCAAGUCUAUCAGAGCAACCACGUUCUAAUCGUUGGUUGUACCGGCCGUGACGGGAACAAGCUGCAACUGUUUGGGAGCUGCCUACGCGCCUCGAAUCCCAAGGAGCACCCAAGGGAAGUGAACAUUACAACCGCGACAUUAUUUAGAAAUUGGGAAAUUUCGUGUACGUGUCCCGCUGGGAGAUUCAAGUGUAAACAUCAAUGUGCGUGCUUAGUUUAUAUACACAAUAGAAAGGAGCUGGACAUCUUAACCCGGACGGAAGUCAAACAACAAUGGGGGAAGGUCGCGAAGAAUCAGUCAAGCAUUCUUUACGAGCCAAUUCCAAUAAAACAUCUGUGUGGCCAGCGGAGCGUAUCUUCCCCAAGCUACGUCGACAACAAUCUCAGUCAGUCAAUCAUGAAUCUGUUUUUGAGUGAAUUGCCCGAUUCCGCUCUUGCCAAGUCGGUAAAAGGACGAGGAAAGAGUCCACGUGAUCGCACAGAUGAUGUCUCCGGUUCAGCAGACUCCAGGCAGGAGCAGAAGUUUGAGUUCCCACCUGUUCUACCAAGGUGGAAUCCUGCUAAGAACGGGGACAACACCGAGGUCGCCGAAGAUCGCAACGAAAUCGUCGAAUACGUACGCCGUAUUUUUGAGCGAAAUAGGCAAACCGAGGUGAAUGGAUUCGUUGGCCCUUUGGCCAGUUCGAAGGAGUAUGAUUACUAUUCUGCUAGGGUUUGCUUAAACACCGAGGAAGCCCUAAGUUUGGCAAAGAUUAAUCAAUCUGAUGAACUAUGGAGGAAAGCCCGUAAAGUGCGAAUCACGGCCAGCGUUUGCUACGAGUUAUACACGUACUACAACAACGACAACGGAACAAGGGACUGGACACAAAAGCUUGGCUCAAUUAUCAAGCCGUUGGAGAAGAAAAUUCCUUCGUUAGCGUAUGGCAAAGCGACUGAACCACUAGCUCUGCAACGAUACAGAGAAAAGAAUUUGCAACAUAAGAUCGCCACAGUGGGACUGGUCGUGGACCCCUCGGUUCCAUUCUUGGGUUGCUCUCCGGACGGCAUUGUUGUCAAUCAAGAUAAACUGCUGGAAAUAAAAUGUCCGACAGCCGGGGACAAGCUGCCACUCAACGCCAUUGUCGGUCAACUAAAAUAUGUUUACCACCGAGACGGAAUUUACCUGUUACGCCCCAAACAUGCAUAUUACGGACAAGUUCAACUUUCAAUGUAUAUUCUUAAAUUAAAAUCAACCGAUUUCGUUAUCUACAGCCGUUUUGAUAACGAUUAUCUUUGUAUUGAAGUAAAUUACGAUGAUAAGUUCGUAAGGGAAUUGAUAUCUGUUCUAAGUAACGUUUAUUUUAAUUUGUUCCUCCCGCUACUAUGCAACUAA